AAACCAUCUCGCCGUUUCUGAAGGUAUCUACGACUUGAGAAACAAAUCCUCGAUCUGCUACCUUUUUUUCCCUUCUCUCUCUCUCUCUUUCUCAGCCAACAUUCCAUAUUAGUUCAAUGGCAACAAGAUUUAGUAGAAAAUUCACUGAUCUCUUAUCCCGGUUUUAGUUUUAUAGAUAAUCACUUAGAAGAGGAAGACAAUAGUUUGAUAGUUGGUACAGUUAUAGCAUUCUAGCAUUCUAGCAUUUCGUCCGCACAGAGCGCGCACAGAAGAUAUUCUCUGCUAGUACCUAGUAUCUACCACCUACCUACCACCUUCCUAGGUAUUAUUACCUCACAGACCUCGCAGCCUUUCCCCGGAUCUCAACUACCUACCUCCUACACGACAUCCCAUCCAAUCCUACAUCCAUUUCCCUCCAAAGCACAACAACCACAGACACCAUAACUACGACCAUUUCAAUCACCGUUUGUUUGUAUUCGGAUACAUAGUUAGAAUCACCUACACCAACUUCAUUUACUGGUCUGCAGAAACGAGAAAGCAGUGAAGGGUCGGAUCGGCUAAAGAUUACAACGGCCGAAGGUUGCAACAACGGAAAAAGGCUUGGGCGCUUUUAUUGCGGCAUCGCUGCAUCAAGAACUGCAAGUCCCCAGUAAAGAGCCCGCCAGGUUUCGAUUUAUUGGGAAAGUCCCAUGUACAAACCUUCGUAGGAAGUCAUUCUCAUAUAUCUUAGCCUCGUCUUGGUGCCUUCUUCAAUGAUGGGGGAUAAUUCAACAAUCAAACAAGAGCAAUCGCCCAACAUGUCUGAGACGACGUCAUCUAACGGCGCUGAAUCAAAUGGUGGGAUGAAUGGCGAGGAGAAUGCAUCGACAGCAUCUGCAACGGCGACUGCCCCCAAAUCUCCCAACGGCUUUCCAUCAAAAACCGACAAGCCUAAACCUCAUGGUUGCAACACAUGUGGAAGACAUUUCGCACGUCUGGAACAUCUCAAAAGACACGAAAGAUCACACACGAAAGAAAAGCCAUUCGAAUGCCACGAGUGCAAGAGAUGCUUUGCGCGGAGUGACCUUUUGUUAAGACACCAGCAGAAGCUGCACACAAACAUAACACCUCCUGCGAGACCAAGAAAUCGACGAAGCAGCACUAUGAGUAAUGUAUCCGGCGUUGGCAAACCAAACCUCAACAGGGUACGAAAACACUCUAUUGUCAAUCCAGUGGGCCCGAGACCACGGGCAAAUACAAUCACAAAUCCAGAAAGUGCUUACAUGCAAAUGGCUCUGGGUCAAGACGAAUCUUAUGCAGUGAGGAAUCAAAAUCAUUCAAUUCAUCCUUCAAAUCAUGGCCAUAGCCAUGGUCAUAGUCGUCACGCUAGUCUCGCGAACCUACCAAUGCACAACUCUGAUUAUAGUGGAAUGCACGGAAUGAGUCCAAUGAGUGGAAUGUCCUCUGUAAUGAACAACCGCAAUAUGUCUCAUGGGUUGCCGAGGAUUGAAACGCAUCACCCUAUGGUGCUUAAUGGAUUGCGGACUGCGCCGGUCGCUGGAGGGUUUCAGAACCAUGACUUUACCUUUUCACCCGGCUUUUCCUUUCCAAAUGGAAAUAGUCCUAGCCCGACGAUAGAUCCUAGUGCCUUGUUCAAUCACUCACCAGAACCAAUAAUCACAUCAGACUCAAUGAUUGCACCGGAUUCGAUGGUUCUUGAUUCCAAUGAGACAUCAAUUUUCACUUUCCCAGAUUACUCGGGAAACUCGGACGGUUCAUCUCCUUCUGCAAUCAGUACUGCCAGUCAAAGUGGGAUCAGUGACGGUAUCAUGCUGGAUGGAUCCAAUAAUAUAGCUGUAAGCUCACCAUCCAUGUGGCACCAGGCUGUGACGGGACCACCUCUGAUGACACCAAACUUUUUGGAUCAUGGUAACCAAAAUUUUGGAAAUUUCUCCAACGGGAAUCCUAUGUCACCACAUAGCGUACCUCAGAAUCAUGCAAAUUUCUCUACUGGAAACGGUAUAUCACCACAUAUUCUAGCCCAGAAUCAUGAUCAUUUCUCAAACGGAAACCCUAUUUCACCUCACAGCCUACCGCUGAAUAAUCUUCCAUACUUUGCUACUCCGCCUCCAUUGAGUUCUUUGGACCAUUCUGCAAUGCCCGGAAUGAACAACACACAAGGUUUCCAACCCCCAAUGACUCUUACCCCGGAGACCCCCAAUUCCACGACCGGCAGUAUCCACGGAAGCUUACCUUUGUCCACAGUUACAGACUCUACCCGUUCGGCCCUUGCGAAUGCCCUGGCCCAUAAUACUUCCUUUGGUGGACGAAAGUUUUCCGUUCCUUCUGCAAGCUCGCCAUCUCCUCACUCUCCUCGACCACUAGUCCGAGCCAACAGUGUUAGCGAAGGCAUUAGAUUUCACCUCCCCAGCACAUCCGAUCUCAAAAAAUAUAUUGGCGCCUACAUACAGUACUUUCAUCCACACUUACCAUUCUUGCACAUCCCUACACUUAACUUCGAUUUUUCGGCCCCUAUAAAUGAUGGCCGAGGCGCUCCCACUUCUGUUGAAGGACCUGGAUGCCUUACACUUUCAAUGGCUGCUAUUGGUGCAUUAUAUGCAGGCGAUCAUCAACAAUCGAAGAUGCUAUUUGAAUCGGCGAAGAAAAUGCUACAGCUAUACAUAGAAGCCCGGCGCAAAGCUGAUGUUCGCAGAGCGGACCACCGUUCAAGAGCCCCGGAUAACUCCACUCACACACCAGUAUUUCUUGCACAGGCUAUGCUGUUGAACAUCAUCUAUGGUUUCAACUCCGGGGAUAAAGUAGCAGGCGAAAGUGCUCUCAUUCACUGUGCUACUUUGGUUAGCCUUGCCAAUGCCGUCAUCAAGCCGCCAUCGUCUUCUCAAAGUGGAUCAUCACAACAGGAUGGACGGAUGAUGAAUGGCGACGAUGCGAUGAAUGGCUUCAUCAAAACAGAAACUCUAGAUGAUGAACAGGAGUGGCACCAGUGGAAAACCGCCGAGGAGAGGAAACGAACUUUAUACGCGAUCUUUAUACUCUCUAGCAUGCUUGUGUCGGCCAUCAAUCAUGUUCCUUUCUUAACUAACUCUGAGAUCGAGUCUGACCUACCUUGCAACGAAGAAUUCUGGUCGGCUGAAUCCGCAAAUAGCUUCAAUGCGCUGGGUGGUUCCAAAAUGGCCAAUCACAAUCAAACCACGUUCAAAGCUGCUUUGGGCGAGCUACUACAAGCCGGCAAUAGACAGCAAUAUCAGCAAGCGCAAACGCAACAUUUCGGAAAUGGGCACAAUGCUCAAGACUUACCCCAGAGUGAUUUGAAGCCAAGUACUUUUGGAUGUCUGAUUCUAAUUAAUGCGCUGCAUAAUUACAUUUGGGAAACCCGACAGAGACAUGUCGACAGGAGGUGGGGGACUGAGGAAACUGAAAAGAUGUAUCGCCACAUUGAACCUGCUCUAAAAGCAUGGCAAUUAGCAUGGCAACGCACCCGAGAGCACAGUGUGCAACGCCCCAAUCCAUUUGGGCUGGGACCGCUGUCGGCCGACAGUGUUCCUCUCCUCGACUUGGCAUAUGUUCGCCUGUUCGUGAACAUGUCAGCUUCAAAAGAAAUGUUCUGGAAACGUAACUUCGAUGACAUGGCAACCGAACUUGCCGGAGGAAAAGACACCAUGCAGCAUGCGGGACACUCCCCUAACUCCAAUACAGAUUCUACGGAAUUUUCAAGCGGUUCAGCUGCAAGCUCUGUGUUCGUCGAUUCUCCUACAACAUCAAACUCUCCUCCUGACGUUCAAUCUUCUAGUGCUUUCCAAACCUCUCCAUCCAACCAACCAGAGGGCCCCACCGAUCGCGAACGCUUACUUAGAAAGGCAGCUUAUUAUGCAACAGAUUUCCUGGUAAUGUCAAAUAAAUUCGGCAUUACUUUUGCAGACUUUACCUCCCGGGAGCUCCCACUACAGGCUGCCAUGUGCGCAUUUGAUUGUGCACAAGUAGUAGCCGAAUGGAUAAGUUUGGUGCAGGAACGCCUAGGACGCUAUAUCGGAAUUCUGGGUCAUGCGGAUGUUGAUUUCAGCAGCGUGCCUGCUAUCAUAUAUCUUGAAGAUGAGGAUGUCAGACUUUUGGAGAGAGUUAAAGAGGUUUUCAACAUCACUGAAGCGAAGAUGCAACAUGAACUGGCAACCAAUAGUCAUAAUCAGAUAAAUGCCGGUCAGACAAACGCCGUUCAGAUGAAUACUGGCCAAGAAUCUCCCGCUCUAGAUAAUUGUGGAUUUGGAAGCAAGAUCUUAAGAUUGACUGCUUAUCAGCUCGACAGAGCUUGCAGUUUGGCAAGGUUUGUAUUCCUCAUCCCCGAUCCGACUUUCAAAGACACUAACUCAAGUCACAGUAACACGUCUCAUGGCACGUGCUUUAGAGACGCAAGCUGUUCAUAUGCAAACACGAGCAGAACGCUCUAA